AUGAACUUGUGUCAGUCACUGACCAGUGCUAUGGAUCUUAUUCUUGAAUCUGAUUCAUCUGCAGGUAAUUUGCAUUCAUCUGUUACACGUCAUAUUAUAGAUAAUUAACAAGUAGGUGACCUAUAAUAAUCAUGAUCUUCUGGUUUUAGUGUAGUCCUGAAUAGCACUGUUGUUGACAGUAACUGACAUUUCGAAAAUCUGUGCGGUAAUCAUCUUCAGAGUCAAAGUGAGUUGUAUCAUAUCAGUUGAUUGUAUGAACUCUGGUUAUUGACCUGGAUCUUAUUCUUGAAUCUGAUUCAUCUGCAGGUAAUUUGCAUUAAUCUAUGUUACAGGCUUUCUCAAUAAAGUAACCAACAGUUUUUUUAAAAAUUGCACUGUCGAUCUUUUGAGGAUAAUUUAUUAAUUUUAAUGCAAACGUCCGAAUCAGCUUUUAAAAGCUAUAUUUCAAAGCAAUUUUUUUUACUAAUUAGUCUUGCUUGCGUAAGCAGCAAGACUUAUAAAUUGCAAAGCGUUUUUUGCCAUAUGUAGGACACAAAAAGGGGGUCAUUGUGCAAGGGUUUCCUAGCGGAGACCGUGGAAACUGGGACUUAAGAAUCUUUGCAUGAUCAAAGCCAUGCAUGUUUUGCAAAGAAAGCUUAGGAAAGAUUAAAUAUAGAGCUUUUCCAAAAUGUGUCGGUCCACGAAUUCUAUCACUUAAAAGCGUUGAUUACUUUGGAACAAGUGAACACUACCGAGUAGUUGAAAAAAAAAAUAGGAAUCUUAAUUAGCAAAACUGCGAUGGUCUGGUUUUGUAAACUUUCAUGGUAUGCAAAUGGGUCUUGUGACAAGCAUGCAGUUUAUUUUCGGCGAUGAUUGAAAUGACGUGCCAUCUAAAUUACUUUUUUGAUCUCUGACAAUUAUGUGAUUUUUCUGGAAUUGGGACCCUUGAAUUUUCGUGUAUUAGACACGUGUAUAACCUGCGACCGCAGACGUAUUUUUGGUUGUCGCCAAAACACACGUACUAAAUCAAUUCAGAAACAAAUAUAAAUUAAGAAUCGAUGUUGAUAAAGGAGGAAGUAAAAAACUUUUAGAGAGUAAAUCCUGUUAGGUGUAGAAUUAAUUUCCACCUCAUUUCUUGAUCUAAUCUCCAAGCAAGCGAGACUGAAUGCCGUUCUUGUUUGAUUUGUUCUAGUCCUUUGGAAGUCAAAGCCUUAAAAAAACGUGUAGGGGUUUUCUCAGUUUUGAUUGCUAUCAAAAGUUACAGAACAAAUUGGAAAUAGUCCUUCCCUUUAGUCCUUCAGGAACGCUGUGUCGAGUCAUGAUUUACAUGUGAAAGAAAAACAUUCCUGAUUAUUCAUCCACUGGCCAUGGAAAUUCCUGCAAAAAACACCAUAGGGCUGUCAAUCAAAAGACUAACUUUUACUUCCAGUGUAAAAAACCAUCAUUUCUCCGCCAAUAGUUACUCUCUUCCAAAAUUUCUUUCUUUAUCAUAAAGAUCACACUACCUUUACUUUGAGCCAAAAAUCAAAAUUUUAACAAAAUUUUUCGUCUAAAAGUAUCUGGUGUUAACAAAAAUGAUAAUAUUUUCCCCUUCCUAGUGAUAUUCGGAGAGGAUGUUGCCUUUGGUGGAGUAUUUAGAUGUACUGUUGGAUUAAAAGACAAGUAUGGUUAGUAUAACUAAUCAGUUAGUGCGCAGCCCUUUGAAAACCUCAGAUUUCAUUGGUUCCUCAUAACAUGCAGCUCCAUUAAUUGUUUUAGGGGUAGAGUCAUUGUUUAAUAUAUUUCUAUGUCUAUUGUUUUCACAGCCAAUACUGUGAGGCCUUGUAAAGAGUUGCAUGGCGCCGCUAACUAAUCAGCUAAUGACAUAUACACUCAACUAUAUUAAUUAUUGCAGACCACAAGUUAAGCCUCUUUUUUGCUUUUUAGCAAUAGUCUGUAAAAGUGGGAUAUGAGAAGAAUGUUGUGUCCAGCACGUUGACACCACAGAGUUUGACUUUCAUAAGACAGUGACUUUAAAGGAUUAAAUACCUUUGUUAUUUGUAUCGACUUUGGUUUGUGUUGCCUCAUUGAUUUUAUCGAAACAAAGAACGUAGUCAGUGUUUUUCAUUUGUCUUCAUACCGUUUCCGGGUAGCCUUCUGUAGUGUUAUAAACUGUACUUGUUCUUUGUUGUUUUUCUCAGUCAUCCAUUUCCUUUAUCAUAACUAUGAUAUUCCUCCCCAAAGCCACAUUAAGUUCUAAAAUUGUAUUUUUAAAUGGAAUUUUUAAAAGCACUUUUUUUGAGAUUGAGUGGAAGAGUAACAAAAACGUGUUGAGAAAUCUCUCCUAAUAAUUUAUUAUUAAGGCAAUUUUCUACACAUGUGCAUAUCACCUAAAAUCAAUUCUGAUUAUAGUUAAAAAACUCGAAUAAUGCAGAGUUAAAUUCUGCGAAACUAUGAAGUAUUUGCGGUAAUUUAGAUUCCUCUUAUACUGUGAACUUACAGCGAAUUAUGGCAUUUUUAUGUCAAUAUUUGUGACGUCAUUUCACCGCUUAAAUGACAUUUUAUUCUCUAGUAACAAAUUUAUCCAUAAUAAGCAUGAAAUAUUGAUUAAGAUAACCAAAAAAUGUCUCUGGAUAUGUUUUUGACCUUUGUUUUUCAGAUUCUUGCCCUGUCUAUUACCAAUGGACAUCACAAUCAAUCUCCCUCAAUGAAAGUUCUAUAUAACAAAUACUCCAUACUUCGUUAAUUACCCUUAUAGUGUCGUUUUACCUUACUGUAGGUAAAGACAGAGUGUUUAAUACACCAACAACUGAACAAGGAAUUGUUGGUUUUGGUAUUGGGAUGGCAGCAGCCGGUGCUACAGCGAUAGCAGAGAUUCAGUUUGCAGACUACAUCUACCCUGCCUUUGAUCAAGUAAGUUAAAUUACAUCAAUAUUUUCUCUUGAGUAUUUUAACUACAGUCAAACCUCCGUAUGUGACCACCUAUUGUAACAUAAGUGACCACUUAAUCCAAACACCGAGUGUUUCUCAGUCAAAGCCCUGUUGUUGGAACCUGUCGCAAACAACCACCUAAUACUUUUGGGGGUUGAUAGUCUUAUAAUUUUCUGUAGUCUUAAACCUCUUGUAAACGACCACUCCUUGGUGCAAUAUCAUUAUAUGGUCUGAUCUCUUCAUUCGCUGUGAGUACUCUAAUAUGCUACUUUCAUACAAGAAGCUUUUAGCAAUAACAUGGAACUAUAUAUAUACACACUUCAUAACUUAGAAAUUUCAUGAAAUUUAGCUUAAAUUUAUUAUGUCCCGUGAAGUAGAUGAGUCUGAACCUCUUCUCAGAAGAAACCCCCCGUGGUUCGAUUCUCAAAAGCAUUCACCUACUAUAGGUGACCACCAACUCUCCCCAUCUGGGAGUGGGCGGUCACUUAAGUAACAGGGUUCAUACAGGUCUUGGAAAACCUGGAAAGUCAUGGAAUUUAAGGAUUUCAUUUUCCAGGCCUGAAAAGUCAUGGAAUUUUGUUUUCGGUCAUCGAAAGUCAUGGCAAAUUAAAGUUUUGUUUGAUAGAUCAGUUACUGCAGAUGAUAAGGCGAAGACAGUGUAAGAUACAGUAAUAUAGAGAGGAGUAAUGAAACAGUGCUAACAGCAUGCAUUUUGGUGGACACCAGAGUUUGUGUCUGUUGAACUGUUUAAGGUCAAAAAAUACCCUAAAACAAGGAAAGUUUUGAAAAUUUUUGAAAGUGACAGCUAAACCUAAAAUUAUGGAAAACUUGAAAAGGUCAUGGAAAAAGCCACGGAAUUUGAAGCCCUCAAACGAGUACGAACCCUGAGUGAGGUUUGACUGUGUAAUUCAAACAUGCAGUUUCAUUUAACUUGAUGCCAAAAUAGAAUAUCACUACUACAAAUGAUUGAUCAAGCGCCACUACUUGAAUAAGCCCCGCUCUCGAAUAAGCGCCACACCGUUAUGGAAAAAAAUUAAUAAACAUUGCUCUUGAGUAAGUGCCGCAGCAGGUAUUUACAAAUUAAUGCCCAAACUUUGUUACGGCGCUUGAUAUAAAGAGAUAUCAACACCAUGUUGCUUGAGAAAUAAGACCUCGACCAACUCGUGAGUUCUUAAGUUUUAAUCUAGGGAAGCUCUUGAAACUGGGUUCAUGUGACAGUUUGAGGUGUACAUAUUUUAUAUUAAAUUGUGCAUACCUAGUACGCACCUCACUUAAUUCUCUCCUAUUCCCGUAAUCCCCUCAGUGUUUUGUCUGUAGUUGAAAUAAGUGCCGCUGUCAAAUAAGAGGCACCGCUCUCGUAUAAGCGUCGCACCUAUAACAGGGAAAAUGAAGUAAGCGCCAGGGUGCUUAAUCGAUCAUUUACGGUGCUCUUUGUGUUUUUUUCUGUAGUGCCAAUAAGGUGAACUGUUUCCUGUGGUGAACAUUUCCUUUAUUCUAAAGACCUUUAUAUUCUAAUUUAGCAGACUUUACAGGCGACUCCCAAUAUUACCUUCAAGGGAAAUCAAAAAAGGUUCGAGUUAUCGGAAGUUUGCUUCCAAUAACCAAAAAUAAGGAAAUGGGAUGUGAAGGAAUGCAAGUCCCAUGCACACUUCACUUCAAGGGCAGCAAGAGAUAAUUUUGAUAUUUGGGAAAAAAAAACAAGACGAAAAAGACCCCUGUCACUGUUUGUACUUAAAGGGCUUCUUUUUUCUUGUUUCACGAUAGCUUGUAAAUGAAGCUGCAAAGUUUAGAUACCGUUCAGGAAAUCUUUUUAACUGUGGCAGCCUUACAGUGCGAGCUCCUUGUGGAGCUGUGGGGCAUGGUGCACAUUAUCAUUCUCAGUCAGUGGAGAGCUUCUUUGCUCAUGUACCAGGACUAAAGGUACAAGUUUUUUUGUUAUCUUUGUUUAGUUCUCUGUAGUUCAUUUUCACCCAUUUUCACACUGGAAAUGCCAACUGAAGCUCUACUGGAUGGUCAACAAAAUUGGUAAAUUUUGGUGCAAAUAAUCUGGAACCCUUUCCCACCCCCUCCCCCAAUCACAUAUAGUUCAUUUGGUUUGUUUUAGUUAUCUUGAAUAUGGCACAAUGUUGUUCAGGGUGGAGGUGAGGAUUGGGGGAGGUUAGGCUUUAUUUAUGCCACCAGCAUGUAAGUAAAUUAGUAAUUAAUUUAUUUCGAAAGCCAAAUGUGUGCCUAGGUUAGCUUGAAGUUGCAGUCAACGUGGCAUUUGUUCCAGAAGUCUGAUCUAAAUUCGUUUUUUUAUGUGUGAGGAUUGCUUUGUGUCAAGCAUUUUUCCACGGAAUGAGAGUCAAAAGGUGUGCCUUUUGACUUAAUUUGUAUAGGUUUUCGUACUUGCAUGCAUGUGUGUUUGCGUUUGUUAUGCUUUAAAUAUAUAUUAACUAUUUCUGUAGUCCAUUUUGUGGUUUUGCAUGCUAAAUGAUGUUUUUUUUUUUUUUUUUCAUAUUUUAGGUUGUCAUUCCCAGAGGGCCUAUUCAAGCCAAAGGACUUCUAAUUUCAUCUGUCAGAGACAAAAACCCAGUCAUCUUCUUGGAACCCAAGAUCCUGUACAGACAGGCAAUGGAAGAGGUGCCAGUUGCAGAGUAUGAGAUAUCACUCUCAGAGGCUGAAAUACUUGAGGAAGGUGAGCCUAGGCUUUGAUUUUGGUCGCAAUUUUUGCUUCAAGCAGAGAAUUGACCAUUUUGAAACUACUCAAAAUUGUGCAGGAUCACUGAUGACCCAUAAACAGGGCGUAAACUUUCUGUUAUUUUAAAUUGCUUCCAAACAUGGUGGCCCAGGGGAGCAAGGAGGGUGCACAGGGAAGCAAGAAGGUGAUAUGAAGGGAGGCAAUGAUGGUGUAGGGGAGCAAGGAUGGAGCAGAAGAGGUAGGAUGGUGCAGUGGAGCAGGGAUGGAGCUGGGGAGCGGAGAUGGAGCUGUGGAGCAGGGAUGGAACUGUGGAGCAGGGAUGGAACUGUGGAGCAAGGAUGGAGCUGGGGAGCGGGGAUGGUGCAGGGGAGCGAGGAUGGUGCUGUGGAGCAGGGAUGGAGUUGGGGAGCAAGGAUGGUGCAGGGAAGCAAGAAUGAUGCUGUGGUUAAAACACUUGGCUGUCACUGAUGUGGCUCAGGCUCAAUUCCUGGCAUCAAUGCCAUAAUGAUUUGUUGGUUGUCUUCUUUGUUGCAAGAGGUUUUUCUGCAGGUACUCUGGUUUUCCCGUUCUUCAAACACUAAACUUGUACAUUCCAAUUGGACUAUAAUUAUUAGUAAAUCCCUCAAUCCCAUCCAGAAAUGCCAAUAAAUAAUUACUUUAGCUUCAUGCUUUCCUUACAGACUGAGCCUUUCUAUGCAGUCUCCAAACUUAUCAUUAAACAGUAAUAUUUCCUAAAUUUGAACCAACCAAGGAUAAAGUUUGAUCGCAACAUGUACACUGGGUACUAGUGGGAGAGGGAAAAAGUAUACCUCUGUGGUCAGCCUCCUUGCCCCUGCCCCCCCUCUCUCUUUGACUCAUCCACCAGUACCCAAGUGAAUUCUAGUGCUCAUGUGUUAACAGAAGACAUAAUAGAGUACUAAAGUGAUGACGUUAGCCAGUUAUACUCAGAAAACUCCAUACAAACCCUUCUAAUUUUUUUUGGGUCGACCCCAAAAAAAUUUAGAAGGGUUUGUAGGGAGUUUUCUAAGCAUAACUGGGCUACGAUCUCAGAGACAAUUUGCCCCGAAAUGCUCAUUUUUGGCAAGUAGGCCUCUUGGACAUUGUUCUUUCAGAAUAUCCUGACAAAUCCCAUAAUUUCAGAAAUUUCAUUUUUAUGACGUCAUCACUUUAGUACUCUAUUUGACCGCAGGAUAUGUACAGCAGGGCUGUCACCAAGGGUCGUAGACUUGGGCUUUUCCCCGGCCACUAUAGGCAUGUCCAUAGUCUACGUUCACAGAAAUUAAAAGGAAAAUCGUACCACAUGUGUUACCAGAAGACAUGGACUGCAGGGUAUGCAGGGCUGUCACCAAAAGUCGGGGACCAGGGUUUUCUCCCGGCCACUUUCAUAGGAAUUCAAAGGAAUUAUAGUGGUACAGUCGUACCUCCGCUGACGGCUACCUCUCUACAACGGCCACUUUCUUCCGUCCCCAAGUGGCCGUUGUAGAGAGGUUCAACUGUACCAAAAGAACUCCCUAGCUGUUAAGUUCCCCGCCUAAUAAUUGCAUAAACGCGGCAACUGGAAAUCAUGGCAACAACAUUGGUAUGGUGACCAGUUUGGACUAAAAGUGCUUGAGAUAGUUUUGAGACGCACUAUAGAUCCUGAAUACAAGUCCUUUUUUGACAAAUUUAAUUUGAUUUCAGGUUCUGAUGUGACAGUUGUGGGAUGGGGAACUCAGGUGCAUGUCCUACGUGAUGUCUGUAAAAUGGCAAAAGAUGAGCUCGGUGUCAGUUGUGAGCUGAUAGAUCUUCAAACAAUUCUUCCUUGGGAUGAAGAGACUGUCAUUAAGGUAUCUUAAAAUACGUAGCUUGAAUUUGUUUGCCCAACAGCACACACUUCCUUUGGUUGCUUCAAGGUCAUGUGACAUGUAACAAUAAAACUGUUUCCCACCCUAAAGUCUCUGAAAGAGCGAAACAACACAUUCUUUGAUGUGUGAGCAAUUACAAAUGUUAAAAACUGCUUACUGAGAUUUACUGUCAUAAGUUUCAACACGUAGAAGUUUUUCUUUGUGGGCUGCUAUAACAAAUCUCUUAAUAACCAGUCCCCUGGGAAAAGUGUUAAUUUUGUUUCCUUCAGCUACACCUCGGGAAACUUUGAGAUUCCCAUGGAAUUGUCUUUAAGUGUCCAUUGUUGUUUGGAAUUUUAAAAGUGUUCUGUCAUUGCGCAAGGGGUAUAAUCAAUAAGACACCCUUUUAAAAACUAGAGUUGCAUUACACAAGUCAACCUUAGUAUCAGUGCUUUGAUGAAAAAGGUGUCUAAAAGGACCAAAUGGUUUUGUGUUUUAGUCUGUUCUAAAAACAGGAAGGCUUCUAAUAGCACAUGAGGCUCCUUUAACUGGUGGAUUUGCUGCAGAAAUUGGCAGUACUGUACAGGUAAUCACUAGUGAACAUGUCACGUAUAUCUUAUUGGACGGUUUAGUGUGUAGUAUCGUGGAAUAUUUUUACGAGUCACACCGUAUUUUGGCGAGCCCGUAG